AAUGCGGUGCUGGUGAGCAAGCGGCAGGAGGGAAACCCGGUGCUGAAGCACAUACGCAACGUGCGAUGGCAAUUUACAGACAUCGUGCCAGACUACCAGAUGGGCCCCAACACCUGCGCGCUCUUCCUCAGCCUGCGGUACCAUCUUUUAAAGCCGACAUACAUAUACGGGCGCAUAAAGGAGCUGCAGAGGGCGUUUCGCACGCGCGUGCUGCUCUGCCACGUGGACGUGGACGAUGUUGUGGAGCCUCUGGCGCAGGUCACUAAAGCUGCUCUGCUCAAUGACUGUACCCUCAUCUGCGCAUGGAGCCACGAGGAGUGUGCGCGCUACUUGGAGACCUACAAGGCGUAUGAGAGCAAGCCGGCAGACGCGAUCCAGGGCCGCACAGAGGAGGACUACCUGUCAAAGCUGACUGCUGCUCUGACAACCGUGCGCGGAGUCAAUAAAACCGAUGUCCUCACGCUUGGAGGGGCUUUCAAAACGGCGGCCGGUGUCAUGCGCGCCAAUAUGCAGCAGCUGUCUGCGCUGCCCGGCAUUGGGCCGACUAAGGCAUGCCCUUGCAAGAUGCACCUUUCCUGCUCCAGGACAGAGCUUGUUGCAAUCCAUAUGCAAAGCCUUGACACGCUUACUCGCCGGCAUAGUGAAGUGUGCAGUGUAUGA